AUGAGCCGGAGGUUCACAGUCACCUCUCUGUCCCCUGGGGGACACCAGAGGCCCUCCAGCCCGGGUCCCCUCUCGGACCCCGACCGGCUUGGUUGCCGGGGAGAAGACGCCAAAGGUAGCGGAGGCUCCGAGGGUGAUGGCAACCCCAAGGAAAGCAGUCCCUUCAUCAAUAACACUGACUCUGAAAAGGGCAAGGAAUAUGAUGGCAAGAACAUGGCUCUGUUUGAGGAGGAGAUGGACACCAGUCCCAUGGUGUCAUCCUUGCUUAGUGGUCUGGCCAACUAUACCAACUUGCCACAAGGCAGCCGGGAACAUGAGGAGGCUGAGAACAAUGAAGGUGGCAAAAAGAAACCUGUGCAGGCCCCUCGGAUGGGUACCUUCAUGGGUGUGUACCUUCCCUGCCUGCAAAACAUCUUUGGUGUCAUCCUUUUUCUGAGGCUUACUUGGGUGGUGGGCAUUGCAGGCAUCAUGGAAUCCUUCUGCAUGGUCUUUAUCUGCUGCUCAUGUACUAUGCUGACUGCCAUCUCCAUGAGUGCCAUUGCUACCAAUGGUGUUGUGCCAGCUGGUGGUUCCUACUAUAUGAUCUCUCGGUCACUGGGCCCUGAAUUCGGGGGAGCUGUAGGCCUUUGCUUCUACCUUGGCACUACCUUUGCAGGAGCCAUGUACAUUCUGGGCACUAUCGAGAUCCUGCUGGCAUACAUAUUCCCAGCCAUGGCCAUCUUCAAGGCGGAGGAUGCGAGUGGAGAGGCUGCUGCUUUGCUGAACAAUAUGCGUGUGUAUGGCACCUGUGUGCUCACAUGCAUGGCCACAGUCGUCUUUGUUGGUGUCAAAUAUGUCAACAAGUUUGCACUUGUCUUCCUUGGCUGUGUCAUCCUCUCCAUCCUUGCCAUCUAUGCGGGGGUCAUCAAGUCUGCCUUUGACCCACCCAAUUUCCCAAUCUGCCUUUUGGGGAACCGUACCCUCUCACGACAUGGCUUUGACAUCUGUGCCAAGUUAGCCUGGGAGGGCAAUGAGACGGUGACCACCAGGCUGUGGGGGCUGUUCUGCUCCUCCCGAUUCCUCAAUGCCACCUGUGAUGAAUACUUCACUCGAAACAAUGUCACCGAGAUCCAAGGCAUCCCUGGAGCUGCCAGUGGCCUGAUCAAAGAAAACCUUUGGAGCUCCUACCUGACCAAAGAUGUGAUCGUAGAGAAGCAUGGGAUGCCUUCCAUACCCCUGCCGGAGGCAACCCCUCUCAACUUGGAUCAGCCCUAUGUCUUCAGCGACAUGACCUCUUAUUUCACCCUCCUGGUCGGCAUCUAUUUCCCCUCAGUCACAGGGAUAAUGGCUGGAUCCAAUCGCUCAGGGGACCUUCGUGAUGCCCAGAAGUCCAUCCCCACUGGCACCAUCUUGGCUAUUGCUACCACUUCUGCUGUCUACAUCAGCUCAGUUGUCCUGUUUGGGGCCUGCAUUGAGGGAGUCGUCCUGAGGGACAAGUUUGGUGAAGCAGUGAACGGGAACCUGGUGGUGGGUACCCUGGCAUGGCCCUCCCCAUGGGUCAUUGUCAUCGGCUCCUUCUUCUCCACCUGUGGUGCUGGGCUGCAGAGUCUCACAGGAGCCCCUCGCCUCCUGCAGGCUAUCUCCCGGGAUGGCAUUGUGCCCUUCUUGAGGGUCUUUGGCCAUGGCAAAGCCAAUGGGGAGCCAACAUGGGCCCUGCUCCUGACUGCCUGCAUCUGUGAGAUUGGCAUCCUCAUUGCCUCCCUAGAUGAAGUCGCACCCAUUCUAUCCAUGUUCUUUCUGAUGUGCUACAUGUUUGUGAACUUGGCCUGUGCGGUGCAGACACUACUGAGGACACCUAACUGGAGGCCCCGUUUCCGCUACUAUCACUGGACACUCUCCUUCCUGGGUAUGAGCCUCUGUUUGGCCCUGAUGUUCAUAUGCUCCUGGUACUAUGCCCUGGUUGCCAUGCUCAUUGCUGGUCUCAUCUACAAAUACAUUGAAUAUAGAGGGGCAGAGAAGGAGUGGGGAGAUGGGAUUAGAGGACUAUCCCUCAGUGCUGCCCGAUAUGCCCUGUUGCGGCUAGAAGAAGGGCCUCCCCAUACCAAAAACUGGAGACCCCAGCUGCUCGUGCUUGUUCGAGUGGACCAGGACCAGAAUGUGGUGCAUCCACAGCUACUCUCAUUGACCUCACAACUCAAGGCUGGGAAGGGUCUGACCAUUGUGGGCUCUGUGCUGGAGGGCACUUUCUUGGACAACCAUCCCCAGGCCCAGCGGGCAGAAGAGUCUAUUCGACGACUGAUGGAGGCUGAAAAGGUGAAGGGUUUCUGUCAGGUGGUGAUCUCUUCUAACCUUCGGGAUGGGGUGUCGCACCUUAUCCAGUCAGGAGGGCUUGGGGGCCUGCAGCAUAACACUGUGCUAGUUGGCUGGCCCCGGAACUGGCGUCAGAAGGAAGACCACCAGACCUGGAGGAACUUCAUUGAGUUGGUUCGGGAGACUACAGCUGGACACUUGGCCUUGCUUGUUACCAAGAAUGUAUCCAUGUUCCCUGGGAAUCCUGAGCGAUUCUCUGAGGGCAGCAUUGAUGUCUGGUGGAUUGUGCAUGAUGGUGGCAUGCUCAUGCUACUUCCUUUCCUGUUGAAGCACCACAAGGUCUGGCGUAAGUGCAAGAUGCGCAUCUUCACUGUGGCACAGAUGGAUGACAACAGCAUCCAGAUGAAGAAGGACCUGACAACAUUCCUGUACCACCUUCGAAUUACAGCAGAAGUGGAGGUGGUGGAGAUGCAUGAGAGUGACAUUUCUGCCUACACCUAUGAGAAGACACUGGUGAUGGAACAACGCUCACAGAUACUCAAACAAAUGCAUCUGACCAAGAAUGAGAGAGAGCGAGAGAUCCAAAGUAUCACAGAUGAGUCCCGUGGGUCAAUUCGGAGGAAGAACCCUGCUAACACUCGACUUCGGCUCAAUGUCCCUGAAGAAUCUGCAGGGGACAGUGAAGAGAAGCCAGAAGAGGAGGUGCAGCUGAUUCAUGACCAAAGUGCACCUAGCUUCCCCAGCAGCUCUCCAUCCCCUGGGGAGGAGCCUGAAGGAGGAGAGGCUGCUCCUGAGAAGGUGCAUCUCACUUGGACUAAAGAUAAGGUGGUGGCUGAGAAGAAUAAAGGACCCAGCCCAGUCUCCUCAGAAGGAAUCAAGGAUUUCUUCAGCAUGAAGCCUGAGUGGGAAAAUUUGAACCAGUCCAACGUGAGACGCAUGCACACAGCUGUGAGGCUGAAUGAGGCCAUCGUUAAGAAGUCGCAGGAUGCGAAGCUGGUGCUUCUCAAUAUGCCCGGACCACCACGCAACCGCAAGGGCGACGAGAACUACAUGGAGUUCCUGGAGGUUCUCACAGAGCACCUGGACCGGGUGAUGUUAGUGCGCGGUGGUGGCCGUGAGGUCAUCACCAUCUACUCCUGA